ACCCAGGGAAAGAAAAUUUCAUCAUGGCAAAUAUCCACCAGGCAAAUGAAGAGAUGGAGCAGGCCCCAGUGCAGAACGGAGAGGAAGCUCACCCUUUGGGAAGGGGCGAAGGCCAGCAGCCUGCAGGAAAUAACCGGCGAGGACAGGCUCGCCGCCUUGCCCCUAAUUUUCGGUGGGCCAUACCCAAUAGGCAGGUCAAUGACGGGGUGGGUGGAGAUGGAGAGGAUAUGGAAAUGUUCAUGGAGGAGAUGAGAGAAAUCAGGAGAAAACUGAGAGAGCUGCAGUUGAGGAAUUGUCUGCGUAUCCUAAUGGGGGAGCUCUCUAAUCACCAUGACCAUCAUGAUGAAUUCUGCCUUAUGCCUUGA